AUGUCUCUCGACUCCGUCACCAGCGGCCUGGGCAAGGGCCUGCCGGUAAACCAAGUCACCGAUAAGGCAACCGGGAGUGUGAAAACGCUAGCGAACGACCCGGUGCAGGGAGUCAGCGACACAACCAAGACGGUCACCGAUCCGAUCAUCCCCGGAGAGUUCCCGGCCGACGACGCCGCCGAAAAGAAGUAUGAUGGAGCCCAGCAGCCCGAAGUUAAUUUUACCGCUCUCUGGGCCUCGUUCAGCCAAUGGUGUGCCGGUCUGUUCCCACAAGCUGUCGACAUGUUCGAGUACUUCGUUCAAUGGGUUGUGAACCGCUACUUCCCGCCGCCUAAGCAGGCGGCCAUGUACGAGGCUAUGUUGAAUCGCCCGAUUGCUUCUACUUUCCUCGUUUGCCAGGCGAUUUGCUGUGGCGUGCCACUGCUGGUCUUCCUGGUGGGUGUGGUUGUCUUCGCAAUCGUCUCCGUCAUUCUGUGGGCGCUCCUGUCGUUGCUCAUUCUCGGGCCGAUCCUCCUCGUGGCCAGCAUGAUGGGUAUAUCAUUGUGGGGCUGGGGAUGGAUCUUGUACGGGCUGGUUAAAUGGGUCGAUCAGAUGUUCCUCGGCGGAAUGAUUACUCGCUUUUGGCUUCCUCAAGGACAGGAGAAGGAGCAGGGGGAGGGUCAGGGGGAGGACGAUGACUCGGCUCCAGAGAAUGAUGAAUCGGUUGCGGAGAAUGAGAAGAAAGAUAGUUGA